CAGGUUUAGGGCACUGGGGUGUCCGCUCCGCGCGCCCCCUCGGGUUCGGUUGCACCACCUCCCUUGGGCCCUCAGCACCCACCUUUAUUCGAGGCCCCCGUUCUUCUGGCCUCCGCUUCUCUCAUUGCACCAGUUCUAGGCGCGUCAGGUGGGGCGGGAAUAAAGUUUUCCCAACCUGGCCUGGGAGAGGUCUGGAUGGGGAGGUCUCUCCCGGCUCCAGACUCCGCGGCGGGUUGGACCGUGCGUUGCGGGCUUCGCUGCCGCCCGGGGGCUCUGCUCUGAAUGGGCGCUGGCCCCCAGUGACCGGCUGGGCUGACCGAGCGCCGCCCCCGCCCACCCCAGGCCCGGGCCCCGUCCCCUCCCCCGCCUCCGGCGCACGGGCCCCGGCAGCUCCAGCCCCGCCUGCACCCGGGUCGCUGCAGUCCCUGCGGCUGCCCCCGGGCACCCUCCCCGGGGGCCCCGGCCUGACUCCAGCCUGGGGGCGCCUCGGGGGGAGCGCGGGACAGCAAGGGAGGCCAGGGUGGGGGGCGGGGGCUCGGCUCCAGGGCUCUCCGACCUGACAGGCAGCCCCUCGGACUCGGGGAGCCGGAACGCAGGGCAAGGCAAGGACGGGGCGGCCGGCGGAGGGGCGGGCGCCUCUCAUCAGUCACGCCAGUCACGUCUGGGGCCACCCGGCUGCCGUUUUCUGGCUUUCCCCCCUUGGCUGUCUCCCCCCUCCCCUGUUGGCGAGGGCAAAGUGGCCGUGGCGGCGCCAUGCCCGGGCCGGAGUGAGCGCGCGCGGGCGAAAAUGGCGUACAUCCAGACUUAGCCUGCCAGGAAGCUCUGCCACCUGCAUCCCCACCCCUUCCUGGCUUAGAGGAGCUCCACUGCCUUUCCUGCCAUGGAAUCCCGAGCUCCUCUUUUCAAGUUCAGAGAAGGUCAUGUUUACUGUACACGGAGUGUUGGAUGUUGUGUAUGGGCAGGGACUAUUCAACAGUCAGUCAACAGACACUUGGCCACCAACCAAGUGUUUAUUGUGGGCACUGUGGAUAGAACUGUGAAAACAGCAUGAACCCUGCCCUUCAGAGCGCACAAGUUAGCAACAAAUAAAUGUUAAAACAGCUGUCUUAGGCUCUGAGUGACCUGUUUGGGUGGAGAGAGGCUAAGGGACUUUCCUGAGCCACACAGCUGUUGGGUAGGAGAUGGGUCAAGCCUCUAGUCUGAGCUGGGCCAGCCAUAUGGACUUGCCUUCUUUCUCUUCAUGUCAAGGACCAGCUAGAAAAUGUUUUCUUUGAGGGCUUCUCUCAGCUGUGAUGCUGCACAGCCCUGGACUGUAGUGGCUGGGUGGGCGUGGCUGCAUCCCAGUAACAUUCCAUUUGUGAACUCUGAAAUUCUAAUUUCCUAUGCUUUGCCUAAGUCGAAUGUAUCCAUCUUCCACUGACUUUUUCCAGCCACUUACAGGUGUGCAAGCCAUUCUUAGCUAGAAGGCUGUCUGAGAAUCCAAGAGCAGGCUAUGGGCAGCAUUUGGCUGAGAACUGUCAUUUGCCUGGCCCUGUUCUAGAAUAUCUGGGUUCUUCUACCAGUCCUUUCAGACUUGAAUAGGUUCUCCUCCAUUUGGCCACUGUAUGAGGAGAGGCUCAGCAUGCCUGCGGACACCCCCCACCCCAAUCUCCUUUCACUGCUCUUAGCUCCCUGAUCUUCAUCUUGGACACUGACCUUGGGUUGUUUCUCAGUGAGGACCCUGGGGUGGCCUUAUCACCUGGCUUCAUAUAUGGGUCCUCUUUUGAUGGCUACUGGAUUUGUAGAUUUGCGUUUGGGUUGCCGUGAAGUACCCCUUUGUCUUUGCACACUGUCAUAAUCAUUGUUGAGUGUGAGUUCUCCAGUCAGCCCCAGAGGACAGUUCUUUCUGCUGCUUUGUUCAGUGUGUUCCCUAAUGCCUGGUGGGUUCCAGGCUAUCUUGGCAAACCACCUUGUUCACCUAAGCCACAGGAGGGUGCAGAUAGUUUUUGCAGCUGGGCAAUACACUCAUUUGCAGAGUCAGUGUCUAACUUAGCCCUUCUGCUAAUGAGGAGUAACUGAGGCUCAGAGGGGGCCCUGACUUGGCCAGGUUGUGUGCUGGCCCUGUGGUGAGGAGCUUCUCCACUGGGCUCUUGCCUGACUCCCCAGCACCUUCAGGUCUUGCUCUUUAUUUGGUUUGACUUUUGCUCUUGGUUGAGUUUGUGCUCAGUGCUGGGGACUUUGUUUCCCAAACUGCAAUCCUUUAUUUACUUCUCCAAAGAUUUUGAAUUUUUUUCAUAAGCUACGUACCACCUUUGGUGUUAUUAACUUAGUCUCUUUCUCUGUAAAUGUACUCAGUUUUUUUAUUUGACUUUGUAAAAUCCCACAAAAAGAAAACUUCAUCCACUGCCAUGACAGGGAGCCAGAAUCGCUUGAUAUGAACAGAAGGCAUCUGGAAAAACAAACACAGUGAGAAUAAUAUUGUUUAUGAAACUCUAGCUGGAAACAGGAUUUGUUAGAGGUGAACAGACAAGGCGACCAAAGAGAAACCUCCUCCUAGAAAAAUAACUGUCAAGGAUCACAGCCUCUUGAGUCAAUUUUCUGAGUUCAUACCCCACCUGAGUUCAUUUCCAGAAUGUCCCAGGUUGGGAUGGGGACUCCUUGGGACCCAUUUAGGAAGCCAUCUACAAUCUUCCCUGCAAUAGGGGGUGGGAAUCUUUGAGAAGACUAGGUGAGGGGGUGGGUGGGGCUGUGAAAGCAGCCCUUCCCUCCUCCCUCCCAGGGACCAUUCUGCCUUCCCUUUCUGCUCCAUUUGUGGGUGGUCAUAUGAAGCUCCCCACCAUCACUAUUGGAGCAGAUUUGGAAGGUAGGGCCUCCGGGAGGGUGGGGGGCAGACAGGGAGGGGGAAGACCAGUGUCAGUCACUGCAUUGACUGCCUGCACGGUAGCUAGUCAUGUCCUUCAGCUUGGCUUCCCAGCUAUUUCUGUAGAGGAAGGUUUGCUCUUCUCAAGUGUGGCAGCGUUGGAUAGCAUGACUAUCCAUCCACCCGCACUGAUUCAUAACAGCAUACGGUGCAAAUCAGAUCGAAAUGCUCAAGUUUCCCAUCUACUCGGGCUUGGUUAGCCAGGAGGCUACCAGCAGCCCAGAAGCUAGCAACACCUUGUUAGCAAGCCAGCUCCCUUUCCAGAAUGGGCAGUUGGAACCAUUAAACGAGGGUUUUCUUUCUAGAAUCUCGGACCUGCUGCUGUGCAGAUGGACCUGCCGCCACUGCUGUCAGAAGUGCUAUGAGUCCAGUUGCUGCCAGUCGAGUGAAGAUGAAGUUGAAAUCCUGGGACCUUUCCCUGCCCAGACUCCUCCCUGGCUGAUUGCCAGCAGAAGCAGUGACAAGGACGGGGACUCUGUACACACAAGCAGUGAUGUCCCACUGACCCCGCGGACCAACUCCCCCGACCGGAGGUGCUCAUCCUCAGACACAUCCAAGUCCACAUACAGCCUGACCCGAAGGAUUUCAAGUCUGGAGUCCAGGCGACCCAGCUCCCCACUUAUCGACAUCAAGCCCAUUGAGUUUGGCGUUUUCAGUGCCAAGAAGGAGCCCAUCCAGCCUUCGGUGCUCAGACGGACCUACACCCCUGAUGACUAUUUCCGCAAAUUCGAGCCCCGCCUGUACUCCCUGGACUCCAAUGGUGAUGAUGUGGACUUCCUGACUGAUGAGGAGAUCCUGUCCAAGUACCAGCUGGGCAUGUUGCAUUUCAGCACCCAGUACGAUCUCCUACACAACCACCUGACAGUGCGAGUGAUCGAGGCCCGGGACCUGCCGCCACCCAUCUCCCACGACGGUGCACGCCAGGACAUGGCGCACUCCAACCCCUACGUCAAGAUUUGCCUGCUGCCGGACCAGAAGAACUCCAAGCAGACCGGGGUCAAGCGCAAGACGCAGAAGCCCGUAUUCGAGGAGCGCUACACCUUCGAGAUCCCCUUCCUAGAAGCCCAGAGGCGGACCCUGCUGCUCACCGUGGUGGAUUUCGACAAGUUCUCUCGCCACUGUGUCAUUGGGAAGGUGUCUGUGCCUCUGUGUGAGGUGGACCUGGUGAAAGGCGGCCACUGGUGGAAGGCGCUGAUCCCCAGCUCUCAGAAUGAAGUAGAGCUAGGGGAGCUGCUUUUGUCACUCAAUUAUCUCCCCAGUGCUGGGAGACUGAAUGUUGACGUCAUUCGAGCCAAGCAACUUCUUCAGACAGAUGUGAGCCAAGGUUCAGACCCCUUUGUGAAAAUUCAGCUGGUACAUGGACUCAAGCUGGUAAAAACAAAGAAGACAUCCUUCUUAAGAGGAACAAUUGAUCCUUUCUAUAACGAAUCCUUCAGCUUCAAAGUUCCCCAAGAAGAACUGGAAAAUGCCAGCCUUGUGUUUACAGGAUCUGGGUAUGGCUGGCACUGGGAUUCUGACAUCGUUCUGUGAGGACUUCUGCUCCAGGAUCACUGGAUACCCUCAUCUGUCUACAUCUGGUCUCAGAUCCUGGGCUGCAGGUCUCCCAAGAUAGCAGACCCUAGACAAAAACCCUUCCCUGCCAGGCUUCUUCAGUGUGAGCUGACUGCUUCCCCUCACCAAGACUACAAAUGUUCUGUGCACAGAGGAGGGCUCGCUCUAGGCUUUCUCUGGGCCUAUCACUGAAGAGCCUGCCUCCAAUCAGAAGGCGCCUGCCCUAAGUAGACAUGUUGAUUCUAUCUGACAGAGCCUGUGAGGGCUGCUGCCCAGACUGAGUUACGAAUGAGGUCCUCUCUCCAAGAUUUCAGGUCAAAACGGAAGACAGUGAUUGUAUUGAAUCCUUAAAUGGUGCCAGGCGGGCCUCCUAAUGAUACUGAGCCAAGAUUGGAUCCGAGUGUGGAAUAGCCAUCUCUAAGUCUUUAAAUCUUUACUGAGCAUACAGAGCUGAAUGGUGUGAUUUAGACUGGGGGGGGGGGGGGGGGGAGACAUGGAGAACCUCCAUGUGACUCUAUUUUACUGAAGCAUUUGUGACAAGAGUACCACAUGCUUGUUAUAAUGAGAAUCACAACCAAAAGAUGUAUGGACAAUGGGACUAAAUGCAUGGGGCUUGGAGUCAAGACUUGGGUUCUGGGUUUGUAACCUUGGGAAGACUUAUUGCUUAGGCACUCUUCAUUGCAAAAUGGGCAAAAUUUUACAAAGACACCUCAAGGAGUAGAGGAGACAACAUAAUGGUCAUGCAAAAAGGCCUUUUAGGCCUAAGGCUGCAAAAAUCCGAGGUUCAGUUCCAUAUACCACCAAAGCCAGAGUUGAGUGGUGCUCUGACCUCUUUCUGUCAUGUCUCUGUAUAUAUCUUCCCCACCCUCACUAAAAAUAAAUAAAU